AUGAAGACGAGACUCGGAACAGAGUAAAAUUACAAUCAUAAUUUAAAAAGAGAUAAUUCAAAUAAGCGAUCUCCAAAGUCCUCUAUGACUACUCCUAUGAAAGGCAAAUUGCCAGCAAUCAGUCACAGAACUCAUAGGUCUGUAUCAACUAUUGCACUAUUAACAGAAAACCAAAAUAAUACACUCAGAAAUGAACUUAAGAAUCUUGAUGAUUUGCAUCAGGAAAUGGAAAAUGUUAUAACUGGUGGUAAAUUAAAUGCUAAAAUAGAUCCAAAAUUACUUAUGAAGGAAACAGAUAAAGGAUUUCAAAUAGUAACAGCAAGAUUGAAUCGAGUAAUUUAUUCUUUGGGUACCUAGAAGCUAGAUAACUAAAAAGAGUAGAUUUAUACUUUAAAGCCACAUAACGGGUUGUACUGCUAUGUCAACACCCUGAUGAGAGAAACCCCUCUCUAUUUAUAUUUGAAAAAAUAAAAUGAUAAUACUAAUUUAACAGUUUAUUACUCAAGAAUACAUAAAAAUCCUGAUUAUGAAAAUAAUGAAGGUUCAUCUCGAGGCUAUAAAGUCAUUGUUAAUGAAUAUAAUGAUCCUAUCUUUUAAAGUGAAAAUGUUUAUUUCGGUAUAUUCACUGACACAGGCUGUACCUUUUAAAUAACUUACAGUUUUAAACAUGACAUCCCUUUAAGAGCAUUCGGAUCUCCAGUUAGAAGGGGCUCUAAAAAGAAAAGAAGAACUGUUGAAAUUCUGAAGAAAAAUCCAUUAGAUUUUCUUGAUGAGGAGGAAGAUCAAGAUUAGUAAUAGGAGAGGAAAAAGCAUCAUCAUGAUUACUUUAAGUAAAAAAUUCAAGCAAUUUUAUCAGAUGGAAGAGUCCUAAAAUCAUUCCUUGGUAGAAUUAGGGAUAUAAAGGAUAAGAGAUAGCAAGAAUAGGCAGCUAAAAAGAUUUAAAACAAGGAGCAUUAACAGAGACAAAUCAUGAAGAUACUAUCAGUAUAAUAGUAGAGUAAUUUUGAUAACUCUACAACUAUAAAUUGGAAUAGUACGAUGCAAGAAUCUAAAUUUGGAAUGAAUCUUACAAGACUUGAAUUUAAAAUCCAGUAAACUCUUGACAGAAAGACUAAACUAGAUGAGGAAAAUUUUAAAAAGAAAAUAUUCUUGCUGAAUAAAAGGGAAUAUUUGAAAGAUUUUAGAGAAUAAGAAGCAUAGAAGGCGAAUGAAAUUUAUAGAAGAACUUAGAAAUGCAGAACAUGGAUAGAGUUUCAUGUCCUAGCUGAUAUUAUAAAAUUACUAAAGCAAAGGUUCAGUGAAAGUUAAAAGAAAAGAGAACUAAAUUUAAAGAAGCUGAAAUGUGCUAUAAGUAUUUAAAGAAUGAUUAAGAGAGUAUUGAGAAAAAGAAGAUAUACUCUUUAGAAAAGAUUAUAGUAUAAUGUAAUGAGAUCACUUACCUUUUCUGGAAAUCAGAUAUUUGAUUCGACAGAGUUCAGGGCAAAAAAUAAGCUUCUCGUUUUCAUCAAGUAAACCUCAGAUUUGCACUAUCUUAAAUUGAAACUCUUAAAAUUUCAUAGUAAUAUUGAAAAAGUAUAGAAUUGUAUAAAAUCCUCUAUUUAAAAAAAAAGAGCAAGGGAGGUAACAUUGUUUUAGCUGUAUCAUGAUUUUGUGUUAACAGUUAUCACGAUGAACACAAUGGCUAUCUAAUAAUAAAAUUCUGGCAAAAGAAAAAAGGAUUAGAAAAGAGAUAAUUUCCCUAUUGAAAAGUUAAAUGAAUAAUCUUAGGAUAUAAAAAUGAAGUAUAUCAAGCAAUAUUUGGCAUUAAAAGAAUUUAAGUUCAUGUAUGAAUAUGUAAAAUGGAGCGUAAUUAAUCAUAAAAAAUUAGCGAAUCCUACUCUCAUAGUCAAACUAAAAAACUAGAUCUCUAUCCUGGAGAAAAAUAUGUCAGACUAAGACUUCAGAUAUACAUUUAAUCCGCUUUAAGCCCAGUUGCUAAACUUAAUUAGACCUUAAGAUCCCCCUAUUCCUAAGAAUUAGACUCCUAUAAAUUGUGAUCUUAAAGUGGGGCUAAGAUUUUAGGAUAUUUGGACUAGUGUUACAAAUUUAAAAUCAAUAUAAGAUGAGCAGUUAGUCAAUGAAUUAUCUGAAAUUUUAGAAGUGACUCCUGAGGAGAUAAAAAAUAUUCCAGAAGAAUUACAAAGAAGGCCAAGAUUCUAAAUCAAUCCAACUAAGGAUGAAUUAUGGUCCAUUUUUAUGAAGGUGUAUCUCUUGAAUUGA